AUGGCGUUGGGCUCUGUCACCCUGGCAGACACCAACUCGAAUACCUUCAAUCCGCUCCACCAUCUGGCCGGAAUUUCCCCUUACUUUACACCCAAUGACCCUCAGCUCGACCCCUCGGUACCACAGGGCUGCAAUGUUACUCGCGCAGCUUAUCUUGCCCGUCACGCCGCCAUCUAUGCCAACGAUUUUGACUAUGAACGCUACCUUGAGCCAUUCAUCCAGAAGCUGCAAAACACCACGCAGGAUUGGUCCAAGGCAGGAAGCCUCUCGUUCCUGAGCAAGUGGAGCGCGCCAAUCACCGAGGCACAUCUCGAGAAAAUCACCCGAGUUGGUCUGCAAGGAGUCAAUCAUACUUCCAAACCCCAAAGAAUGUAUGGACAGCAACAUCGGAGAGAACCGUCAAGACUGCACAAGGAUUUAUCCUUGGAUACACCGGCAAUGAAACGGCUCAAAUCAAACUCACCCAGGUCGGGGGAGUACAAGCACGCCGCAGCCGACUCGUUAACCCCGUACAAAAGUUGCCCGGCAUACAGCUCCAGCUAUGGCUCCAAACAGUCCAGUGAAUUCGUCUCCCACUACACCAAACCUAUCAUUACGCGUCUCCAAGCCCAGGCCCCCGCCUUCAACUUCACGUCCGACGACAUCGUCGCCAUGUUCGAGCUCUGCGGCUAUGAGACCGUCAUCCGCGGCUCCUCCCCCUUCUGCUCCCUCGGCCUCUUCACCGCCACUGAAUGGCUCGCCUUCGAGUACGGGAACGAUCUCAUGUACUUCCACAACACAGGCUACGGCCGUGACUUAUCCCCCGCCAUCGGCUUCCCCUGGCUCAAUGCAACGAGAACCAUCCUCGCCGACGACUCGGCCUCCCAAGACCUCUACGUCUCGUUCACCCACCGCGAGCUCCCGCCCACUGUGCUCACCGCGCUGGGUCUAUUCAAUAACAGCGCCUACUCGGGCGCGAACGACGUCAACGCUACCAUGCCUACCGACGCAAUCAACUACGGUCGCGCGUGGAAGAGCAGCCAGAUCUUACCGUUCUUGACGAACAUCGCGAUCGAGAAGAUGGUGUGUGAUUCCUACGGGUAUGACGACGGGGUGUACUACCGCGUGCUGGUGAACGAGGGUCCGCAGCCACUUGUGGGGUGUCGCGAUGGGCCAGGGGAGAGUUGCUCCGAGGAGGCGUUCGGGCGCUUUGUGCAACAGCGGGGGGAGUGGUAUGGGGAUUUUGGCAAGGCGUGUGGGGUGGAUUAUGAGAAUUCGACGGAUGUGUUGUCGAUUUAUCAGUAG